GUGUGUGAGGGGGCUGGACCAGGGGAGCAGGCCGGCUGCAGAACAGAGAAACAAACUCUGGCGACACCUGCAAACAAACUCCCAACCGACUCCCUCCUGCAGCGAGGAGGCGGAGGAAGCCGAGAGGCAACGGCAACGCGGAAUACGGGUUUGAAGGGUGCUACUGGUUAGCAAGCGGAGACGCGAGCAACAGAGAAAGUUUGUUUUUGUUUCGGGUUUUUUUUUUUCCCCCCCGGUUUUCCUGAAGAUAGAGAGUCGUGCUACAGGGUCCGAGAUCACGGCAGAUCGGACCGAGUGCGGGGAGCUGAAGAGAGGGAGACCGCAUCAGGCAUCCGGUGGAUGGGGAGAAAAUGGAGGUGAAUAGAAGAGAGGUACCUCUUUAUGGACAGGUGGAGGCCAUUGUAAGGUUACAGGCCAGCGCUCCUGAAGAUGCAGAGUUUUAUGUUGUUGUACAAGGCUCAAGGCUUACACAUGUGACUGCAGCAAAAAGGAGAGAUGAUGGGCUAACCCUUUGCUUCACAGUUCCUGGCCAUGACCUUGUGGAAGCCGUCUCCGUGUCAUUCUACUUUUACGCAGAGGACCAAGUCAAGCCAUGCGAGGGUGAAGCGUCUCUUGAAUACCUCAGGGACGUUGCCCAGGAGGCAGCAGAGUAUCUGAGUGCACACAGGGACCACCUCGGCCCCGAGAGCUACCUAGACGUCCUGAAGAGGUUUUCGAUAUGGGCGCAGGCAGCUGAUGAGGAGCUUUCCGCUGGAGGGUUAGACCGUGAUGAUGAGGAUGUGCGACUCAGAGAAAGUAGAGGCGAUGAAGCUGGUCUCAGGCACCUGGAUGAGAAGAUCACACAGGCUAUGGCCAACAUGGAUUACCCUCAGCAGUGGAAAAACACUGACAGGCAGCCAAGGGAAGCUGCUGAGCUUCAGCCCAAAGAAACACUGCUUCACCUGGCGGUGCGUUUGGGUUUGGUCCAUCUUUCCCGUUUCUUAAUUCACCAACCGAGAGGUCAAAGGGCAUUGACCUUACGCAAUCAGGAGGGAGAGACACCCCUCCAGCUGGCUCAGAAGGAUGGACAACAUACCAUGUUCAGGGUGCUGGCAGCUCCUCCAGGUCCUGUGGUCGGCCCCGCCCCGGGUGUGUGUAGUGUGUGGUCCGACAGCUCCUGCGCGCUGAGGUUUUGUCCGGGGACAAACUCUCUGACCCUGACUGUGCGGCAUGCUCCCGGCAGCUGCCCUCAGGACGGCAUCAUGGUCCUACGAGACAGGCUGCUAGACCACAGCAUCCUCGAACUGAUCAAUAUGCUCAGAGCCGAUACUGAGGUAGACAAGAGAAGCAAACAUGAAGUCCUUUCUAAUGAUGAAGGCGUUAGCAAGGAGCUCCGAGUGGAAGAGCACGUGCUGGUGGACAACGUUUUUGAAGAACAGCUUGUUCUGUCUUUGGAUGACGACGAUGAUGAAGAAGAGUACUCAUCCUCAUCAUCCGUAAAUGGGCAUCCCAUGAAGUCCAGUGCAGUCCAGAGUCAGUUCACCCAGCAUGCUACAGACCCUCUGCUGUCCAUGAUCAACAGCAACGAUCAGACCAUCACACACCAGACACAGGCGGUUGAUGUUGACCUCAAGUACAGCGUCAGUGCAGUGACGAGGGACAGCACAGGCACAGACAGCGGGUUAUGGGACUCGCAAGAUCUCCUGCUAGCCACCGACACUCCUCCACCCUAUUCAGAAAACUUCCACCCCCACUCUGUGCCCUGCUCUCUCCCUCUCUCACCCGCUGACCAGGCCCUCGCCAGGCCGAAUCCCAUCUCCUUUGAGCCGACCAAUGAGAGAGACAGUCCGCCCAUGGACACCUGCGACCUCAGUCCCAGUCUGGUGGCUCUGGAAGUGGACAGUGAAGAGGACAGCACCGAGCUAAAGUCUCCGCUUUCCCCGCUCUCGUCACCUGUUGAGAAAAGUGAAGACAAAAGGGAUGCCUUUCGUCCCUCGCCUGACCUUACUUGCACUCACAGCCAGUCUGCCUCCUCGCCGAGUGAACCUACCACGAAGGAAUUGGGUGACCAGGGGAUUCGACUGCGUUCCUAUUCCUACUCCUCCCCAAAAAUCACUUUGCGACCAGCACGUUUUGCCCGGGAUAAUCACACUUCAGAUAUCAGCCCUGAUGCCGUGCUCCACAGUGUCAGCCACAGCCGAUCUCUCCUUCAGGCCCUCUCUCUGUCUAAAUCUCUGUCUCUGCUCCACCCUGGUAAGCAAAGAGCCUCCAGUAUUUCAGAGCAGUCACAUGAGAAAAGAAUUGAAGAAGAGGAGUUAGACAAGUACAAUAUCCCAACCAAGGUGGAGUCAGAGAAGUACAAGGUCAUCCGUACCUUCAGUUUUCUCAAGAGCAGGAUGUCCAGUACACGCAACAAGACCAAGGCGAAGGGGAAGGACAGAGAAGCCAAGGAUAGGCAGCUGAAUGGACAUCGGUUCGCGACGGGGGCCUGCUUGGGCCCCACCGUGUGUGUGGUAUGUGACAAACCAGCAUCUGGAAAGGACCUACUGCAUUGCUCCAGCUGCACUGCCAUCGUCCAUAAGGGCUGUAAGGAAUCUGUUCCCCCAUGUUUGAAGAAACUUCAGGAUAAAUAUGCUGUUACCAUGGUGAAGAACAGGACAGCAUCCCUCCCACAGAAUUUCACAGUGAGAGACAGUCCUCCUCAAUGUGUGAUCCCCAUCUCUACCUCUCUACCUGUCAUGACCCCGAAGGAGAAGAAGGACACCGUGACACAGUCAUGCUCCCUCUCUGGAAGUUUCCCCAACAGUGACAGUCGGCUCAGUGAGAGUUCAGAGACAGAGUCUGAUGCCGUGAGGGUGACCAGCCAGUCAGAAGAGCUGCUGCCGACUCCAAUGUCCUCCACCUCCACGGACUCAUCCUUUGGAGAAGACUGUGUGGAUGGGUACAUCCAAAGCGACAUCUUGGCUGAUGCUGUGGAUUACGAGGCGGAGACGUGGAGUCUCGCAGUAGAGCACAAGUUCUGCAAGCGGCAGGACAAACGAGCUGUCAAGAGGCAGGAUGUUAUCUAUGAGCUGAUGCAGACUGAGAUUCACCACCUACAGACGCUGCACAUCAUGGCGGAGGUUUUCCGGCGAGGCAUGAGGGAGGAAGUGCAGCUAGAUACGGAAGCGGUGAAGCGGGUCUUCCCCUGUCUGGACCAGCUGAUUCUCUUCCACCACACCUUCUUCGCUGCCAUGAGGGAGAGGCGUCACAGCUCAGCCCAGCCCCAGGGACACAGGAACUACCUCAUCCAGCGCGUAGGAGACGUCCUGCUCCAACAGUUUUCCGAUGAGAAUGGGGAGAAAAUGAAGCAGGUUUAUGGAGAAUUCUGCAGCCGUCACAACGAGGCGGUCAGCUUUUUCAAGGAGCUCCAGCAAAAUAACAAGAGAUUUCAGAUCUUCAUUAAGCAACAAGGUAAUAAUUCUUUGGUGCGACGGAGGGAGAUCCCGGAGUGCAUCUUGCUGGUAACCCAAAGGAUUACAAAGUACCCAGUGCUGCUGGAGAGGAUCCUUCAAUAUACUCAAGAAGACACAGAGGAGCAUGCCGGCCUUUCCAAAGCCCUGGCCAAGAUCCGAGAGGUGAUAGCAGCCGUGGACUUGAGGGUCAGCGAAUACGAGCGGCAUCAGAGAUUACAAGAAGUGUGGAGCCGCAUGGAGAAUCGCAGCUCGGCCAAGCUGAAGAACGGACACACUUUCCGCAAACAGGACAUGAUGGGGCCGGGACAAACGCUCAAACACCAGGGCCUGCUCCUGUGGAAGACUGCCACCGGUCGACUGAAAGAUGUCCUGGCGCUCCUUCUCACAGACACAGUCAUCUUCCUACAAGAAAAAGACCAGAAGUACACGUUUGCCACUGUGGACCAGAAACCUCCAGUCAUCGCACUGCAGAAGUUAAUAGUGCGAGAAGUAGCAAAUGAAGAGAGAGGGAUGUUUUUGAUCAGUGCAUCAGCCGCCGGGCCCGAAAUGUACGAGGUCCACACGUCAUCCAAAGAAGAACGAAACACUUGGAUGAGGCUCAUUAGAGAGGCUGUAGAGAGCUGUCCGGAGGAAGAGGAGGAAUACACGAGUGAAUCCGAAGAGGAGAAGCGAGCUGCUGAGGCUCGUAUUCAGAAGAUCAACAAGUUACAAGAGAGUCUGCUGAGCCAGGACCAGCAGAUCUGCUCCAGCCUGGAGGACAAGCUACAGAUUUACACAGAGCUCUCCGCUCUGAGUGGGAGGACGGACGCUUCGGCAGUCGAACCGCGACUGCUCGUCCAGCCGCACUCAGAGGAGCUGCCCCAGCCUGCCGUGCUGCUGGCUGCGGCUCUGCAAGAGGCUGAAAACCUUAAAACCACGUUGUCCUCCAAGGCCCGUCCUGCAUCCAGUCACAGCCCAGACUCUGACACAGACUAUGAGUUUCCCGUCAGCCCUGCUACACUUGUAGAGCUCCCCUCAGGUUCUUCCGAGCCCUCAAUUGAAAACCCCGAGGCCAGUGAGGGGAGUUGGACUGAGGCCCCUGUUCUUCAGUCCCCAGCUCAGUUGCAAAAAACGAACAGAGACGACAUUGACUCCAAGGUUGCUCAAAGUGUACAAAGCCUGACCCAGUUACUCUACAGUCUGCAGGCUGCGGUGACCAUCCAGGACAGCUGCUACGAGGUUCAGAGGCUGCUCCUCCGAGAGACCGGGCGCCGUUCUCCCCACGCCCAGCGACCCUACCUCCCAAGCAUUCGGGGCAACACCCUACAAGAACAGGAGAAGCAGCGUAACCUGGAGAAGCAGAAGGAGGAGGUGGUGGCGGCUCAGCGGCUCCAGGACCGACUGCGGCAGGAGAAGGAGCGCUGGGAGAGGGAUUGCCAGGCGAGGGAGAGCCAGCAGGGGGAGCAGGAGAGCAGGCUGGAGGAGAGGGAGAAGCAGUGCCACCUGGAGGCGGAGAGGCUGAGGCGCGAGAGGGAAGAGCUGGACGAGCAGCUGGAGGAGUACCAGCAGAGCCUGGAGCGGCUCAGGGAGGGCCAGAGGAGUGUGGAGAGGGAGCGUGAGCGCCUGGAGAACCAGCAAAAGCUGCUCCAGACCUGGAGGCACAGCCGGCAGAGGAGCCUGCCCGCUGUGAUUCCUCACAUGGUCAUACCUCUAGAUGGGCAGCAGGACUCGGUGGCAGGUCAGCCCCGAGACCACGCUGGUAACGGCUCCAUGUUUGUGAAUGAGGCUGCGUUCGUCAGCACCAGCAUCAACAACCGCCACGUCCACCACAAAAGAAACGACCCCAGUGCACACAACUGUCUCAACACCCUGCUGGCCAGAUCCAACAGCAGACAGCCCCCUAUAGCUAAGGCUCCUCAUAAUCCACACUCUGCCUCCCAGGGAUGGGUGAUGGGGAGAGGGUACCUCUACAGCCCUGCCGGAAGGCUGGGACUGCAGCGAAUUCCCGAUGAUCAUAACAGUCACAGCUACAUCGGGGAGACCUGGUCAUCAACAGCGAGCGGAUCUGAUCCGUAUCCGGAGCUCCCGCAUCCCAGUGACCAUCAGCUGGACCUCAGUGCACUGGUUUCCUUGGAGACUGACAGCGGUGGGGAGGAGGGAAGGGAGGAAACCAUUGUGUACCUCUGAAAACUGAUAAAUAUCAGACUCUUAAAAAGCCAACCCAGCACUUGGAGGAAGAUAAAGACAUUCAUGAAGCAUUAGAACCAGGACCGGAUCAGGGCGGCUUCAGAAAGUUUUUCCCUGUAAAAAGGUUUUUCAUUUAUUGUGUAUAGGAAAGAUGUUUUGUGGUGUUUUUUUGUCUUUUUUUUUUUUUUUGGUGAAGCAGAGAGUUACUGGAAACACAGACAGAAACGGAGAUAAAGAAAAAACCAGUUGCUUCAGACUAAGUCUCACGUGUCAUGCACCUUAGUUUGAGGCACCGCUAGGUGUUCAGUGUCUCUGUACUUUCUGUUUUCUUUUCUCUUUUUUUUGUGUGCGCGUGUGUGUUUGCGUUUCUGUGUGUGGUCUUCAUUGUCUGCCUGGGCCCCUGCAGCCACACCUUUCCCCCUCUCUUCCUUCUAGUGUCCCUCGCUCACUGCCUUCCUGCCUCAAGUCCCACGUAUCUCAUCUCUCGAGCUCUAUAUUUAUUAAAUUUACCACAGAGGGAGAGGAAAGUGUCUACCUAGUAUCAGUGAAACAUCAGGCUGCAUCUCACUAGUGGAUGAUUGUCUUUGCCGUGGAGUAAACUGCCCCUCUUUCAUUUAUCAGACAGGCUGUGUUUAUGUACAAGCCGGGCGUAACAAGAGGCACAAAACAUUAGAAUUGAAAGAUGAGGUGCGACAGCGUCAGUCCCACGUUUUUCCAUUUUGCUGCCCGUGGCCAUCAUUUAUUUCUUUUUGUCUGAAGCACGUUUUUCAUUUUAGGAGAAAUAAGUGCAGAUGUGCAUUGAAAAAAGACUUUGCAGCUGUUCUAACAUGUCGAUUUUAUUAGAGCGUAGAAAUUCCACCACAAAAGCCUGAGAAGGCAUCUUUUGAGCGCAUCUGUUCCUGCAAAAUUUAAAAGGAAGUUGUGGAGCAGGAAGAUGACAAUAAGAAAAACAUAUCGGGCCUGACUAAUUUAAGCACUAAUGGAAUUAUGUUCACAUAUCUCUGAUGACGUUUUUGUUUUCUUUCAGUUAUGCUUCAUUUUUAGUCGUGCUAGCAGCAUGGCUCCAGGGAUACCAAUGUCUGUCAGUCAGUCGCUCCGCCCCUUUGGUCCAGACUGAAAUAUCUCAAAAACUACUGGAUAACUUGUCGUGGAAUUUGAUUCAGACUUUCAUCUGCACCUCAGGAUGAAUUCUAACAACUUGUGAUCCCUUAACUUUUCAUCUAUCGCGAUGUCAAGGUCAGACUUGUAAUUUGUCCA